AUGCGUAUUCCCGUAGACCCGAGCACCAGCAGGCGCUUCACUCCCCCGUCCACGGCUUUCCCCUGCGGUAAGAUGGGCGAGAACAGCGGGGCGCUGGGGGCCCCCGCGCCGGGCGCCCGCGCUCGGCCCGAGGUGCGCUCCGUCGUGGAUGUCCUGGCCGACCACGCCGGCGAGCUGGUGCGCACCGACAGCCCCAACUUCUUGUGCUCGGUGCUGCCGUCGCACUGGAGGUGCAACAAGACGCUGCCCGUCGCCUUCAAGGUCGUAGCGCUCGGAGAUGUCCCCGAUGGCACCGUGGUCACGGUGAUGGCGGGGAACGACGAGAAUUACUCGGCGGAGCUGCGCAACGCCUCUGCCGUGAUGAAAAACCAAGUAGCGAGAUUUAACGACCUCAGAUUUGUUGGGAGAAGCGGCAGGGGGAAAAGCUUCACGCUGACCAUCACCGUGUUCACCAACCCCACCCAAGUGGCCACUUACCACCGAGCCAUCAAAGUGACCGUGGACGGGCCCCGGGAGCCCCGGAGGCACAGACAAAAGCUGGAAGACCAAGCCAAGCCCUUCACGGACCGCUACGGAGAGCUGGAGCGGCUGCGCCAGUCCAUGAGAGUCACCCCCACAACUCCCAACCCGCGCGGAUCCCUCAGCACCCCGAGCCACUUCGGCUCCCAGGCUCAAACUCCGAUCCAAGGCACGUCGGAGCUGAGCCCCUUCUCGGACCCGCGGCAGUUCGAGCGCUCCUUCCCGGCGCUGCCGGCGCUGACCGAGACGCGCUUCUCCGACCCUCGGAUGCAUUACCCCGGCGCCAUGUCCGCCGCCUUCCCCUACACGGCCACCCCCUCGGCCACGGGCAUCGGGGGCAUCAGCAUGGGCACCAUGCCCACCACCACCCGCUUCCACCACACCUACCUGCCGCCGCCCUACCCCAGCUCCACGCAGAACCAGAGCGGGCCCUUCCAGGCCAACCCUUCUCCCUACCACUUGUACUACGGGACAUCCUCGGGCUCCUACCAGUUCUCCAUGGUGGCCGGGGGCGAGCGCUCGCCCACCCGCAUGCUGUCGUCGUGCACCAGCGCCUCGGCGGGGAACAACCUGAUGGGCGCCGGCCUGGGCGCGCAGAGCGACGGCGUGGACGCCGACGGCAGCCACAGCAACUCCCCCACGGCCAUGAGCACCACGGGCAGGAUGGAUGAGUCUGUCUGGAGACCCUACUGAGGCACACAGGGCUUUAGCUCCUUUUGCCAAGGGAAAAGGUGAACCAAAGUCUUCCAAACCCAAAGGAUCCUGUGCAUGCAAGCAUCAAGCGGAGAGGGACCGGGACCUUUGUUGCAUUUCAAGGUGAACGCCCACGAGGCUUGAAUGUGUCGCUUGAUGUGGUUCCUCCCGUGUGUUUUAGGUGUGUGGAUUGUACAUAGGGAAAAAAAAAAAAAAACCCAAGGACGUGUGGAAUCAGAUGUUUGGUACUUGCAGAACGCUCCUCGUUCAUCUCACUCGCACCUCUUCCCCACACAAAGCAUUGAGAAGCCAGGGGAAUCUCACCUUUCCUCUGCAAAACGGUUCAGAGAGGAGCAAACACCAGGGAGUCAUCCGAGCCAUGCUCAGUGCAGGAGGACUGAACUCAAAAAACAAAAAAGGAGAAAAAAAAGAAAAAAAAUCCCAUUGCUUGCUGUCCUUCCCUCCCUGCUGGUGAAGGGUCCCUGAGCACCAAAGAGCAGUGGGGUUUGCAGCACAGCCAGGGGCUCUGGGCUCAGGCAGCCACGUGAACAAGAGCUGUGAUGUGAUUAUUGUUAUUAUUUGUUGGCGACAGAAGUUGUAUUGUUCAUUUUGCUGUCACUGUCGUCGUCUGUCAAUCAGUAACGUGGCUGAGCCAGGGCCUGGCUGACCCCUCCCCUCCAUGUUUACACACGAGAUGUACUUUUCACAGACAUGUUUUGUUUUGUUUGUCUGCUCUCAUGUCCUGACCUCACCAUUCAGCUCUUUGCUCCCCUUAGCAAACCUCAGUGAUGGUGGCUGAAGCGAAGGCGGCGUUCAGGACGUUCUGAGACGUUUGAGAUGCACUUCCAGGGGUUCAGGAGCCUUUGGCACGGCCUUGCCAUCAUUCUCCAGCUGUUCCUUCUGUCCCCUCCGAGUGGCAACACUCACAGCUGGUGGCAAAGCAUCACAAUUCUGCUCUGGUCCUUUCCCAUGUUCUCAGCCAGGAUUUACACAAUUUCUCGUUUUGGCUCACACGUGUCAGCUCAUCCUGAAAGCUCUGAGACCUGGGGGAAGGAGCAGUUCCCACUCCUGCUGGUGGGAAUGCUGUCAGUUGAUGCUGUGCAGCCUUUUCCAUCCCUCACCCUCCUGUCCUUCCCCCAGGUGACCCCAGGUGAGCACGGGGAUCUCCUGCAGAGGAACAAACUGAAGAGGGGACGCUGCAGGUGCCACUGGGGGCGGUGGCAUCGGGUGGCAUUUGCAGGAAUUGCAGGAACAAGCACCACACACCCUCCCAGCUGACACCAAAGAGGUUACAACCACACAGGGCCACGGUGGGGGCUGUGGGCUCCUCCAGGCCAGCUCAGGGUGGCUGUGAUGCACAGCACAGGGUUUGUCACCUCCUGCAGGCCAGCUGUGCCCUCUGCUGGCUCGGGAAUUGGGGCUGGCAGGGCUGGGGGGACACAGCAGAUUCCACAGCU